UGGACAAGGUCAAAGCGAUUGCCAACCUUCUCCGGCUGAGAUGCCAGCCCAUGCCAGCGCAUCGGUCGGCAACGUGUUGUUUGCGACACUUGUCGCUGCCUCCUUGACGCACGGCAUCGGUUCAGUCGGCCACUUCAAAAGCUGGUGGACGCUCUCCGCAUUUGGCCAGAACUGGGACGCCGAGGGUUUCUGCAUCGCGCACAAGGGCACCGUGUUUGACUCUCACCUCCUUAGCUUGUACGGACAGAUUGUUCUCGCGGCGGUCCUCUACGUCGCAGCUAGCAAGUCGUCGGCCACCGGCCGAACCGAGCUCGCCGUGGUGAGUGGACACGCUGAGUCGGUGCUCAGCCAUGGUUUCGGACACGGCUUCAUCUACCUCAUCGCAGAUGAGCGCGGGGGUCUAUCGCGCGAGCAACCGCUCGUGACAGCGGCGACGCCGCUACUCAUUGCCGCCGCACUGCUCUUGAUCUCAGUUUUCUUCUUCUGGAACCUCUUGCAGCGCACCAGCUUCCCGCCGUUGCUACGCGCCGCGCAGGCGAUCGUCGCCGCGUUCGUCAUCCCCACCAUGCUCCCCACCAUCAUGGUUUUUGGCAUCACUGGGGCGUUAAUCUUUGGCAAUCUCCAUCUCGAUCUGUUGUGUCACGGGCUGUGUGGCAAGAAAGAUCGCUUCUACGCGCUGUACGGCGCCUUCCAGUCCGUCAGCAUGAUCGCGAUGUGGGCCGAGCCAUUGCUCUGCGACUCUUACCUCGUGCGCUUUGGAGGCCAUGCAUUUUUCGACUACUCGAUUCCGCUGGGCUUUCUCGGCUACCUGGCAGUCGCGUCGUCCUUGUCGCCCCGCGAGAAACAGGUGAAGGCCGCGUAGUCCGGGUGGGAGGGGCAAGUUGUCCCAAAACGAGAAAACCCCGAGCCUGUUUGGGGGAAUGCACAAGAUCGACGUGCGGAGCGGGGCGGUGGUGUCGCUGAGCGGCGCGAACGCGGGCCUGGUGCUGGUGCUGGCGGCGGUGUAUGUGCUGGGCUGGGGGGCGAUCCGGCGCGGGCGGGCGAGGAGAGUGGCGAGCAAGGAAGCAAAGGGCGAUUGAGGUGAUUGAGAGGCACAAGUCAAUCCUCACUCUCACGAUUCUCCUAUAGAACGUGACGUGUACGUGACGUGUAACAAGGCAAAGAGAGCCAACAGCUCCGGCUUGAUUUUCUUUUAGACUUAGCUGACAG